AGGAGAAGUUGUGUGUGUGACGUGUGCCGCUGAGAGGUGGGAAUCAGGGGGCUACACGAGAAUUGUCAGGGGGUUGGAAGAGUCAGUGGUAGGUUUGAAUGCGGGAUCACUUCAGUAUUUGGGGUGUCCGUGGAAGGAAGGAGGAAAGGGUAAGCCCUGUGUUUGAUGGAGUCCAGUCAGAGGAGAGCCUGGGUAAUGGUUGAGUGAGUGAUGUAGACUGAGGUGGAGGUGAGUCAUGGGCGGGAGGGGCAGGCUAGUCUGGGUGGAGUGUGAGAGAGACGGGAUGGUGGUGAGUGUUGGGGUUAUUCCAGGAAGGGUCAGUGUGUCAGAGGAAAGCAUGGGGGAGGGGACGUUAAUCUCAGGGAAAAUAUAGCGCAUGUGAGCUGUGGAAAAUCACAUAAUAAGUAUAGAGGUUGGCUGAGAGGAAGCAGUAGUGGUGAGUGUUGCAUGGCGUCUGGUGUGGGAAAGGGUCUAGGCUGUUUCAGUUUAGUUAUGUUGGAUUUGUUUGGCUGGUACUGAAUGUAAAAAGUGUGAGAAUUGAGGUUGGGAGAAAAUACCUUCAUUUCAUGAACAUAUUCAAGGAAAGAGGAUCUGGCUAGUUGUCCCCUUUCCCUGUGUUAAUCUUCUCUUAUUUUGCAGUGCAUGGAAGAGAGAUGUGGUUAUAUAAAAGGAUUGACAGAGAUUUGUAUUACUAGCCCCAAAAAUGAAUCUUGCUGAUGGCCUGGAUCUUAUUUUCAUUGCCAAUAAGUUGGGGUAGGAAAACUGAUACAUGCUAGGGUAAUUUUUACUGAUGCUGACACUAUAGGGAUGUUUAGUUUCCACCAGCAACCCCGGAUCUGCCUUUAAUUUGUGGAUUUAUCACUGAAUUACUAUAAUAAAUUUCUCCACCACUGGAGGUGUGAUUUAAACUUGGCUGCACAAUAAAUAAAUAAAGCGACUAAGCUCUGUGCUCGAUCCUGUGAGUUGAAAGGGAUGUGCUGCAUAAGUAUACACACAACUGAAAUUAACUUUUGGAAGAUUUGCAUUAACACCAGCACUGCUCAGUGAGAACAAGUGAUAAUUUUUGUAUUUUAAUACUUAAAUGCAAGCAUAUAUGAAAAGCCAAUAUGUUUUUUAAAAGAAAAACUUAAUCAAUACCAGACUUUUUUUGCACCAAACCCCAAUUUUUCUACUAGAUUAAUUCAUUAGAAUGAUCUAUAAAUAAUGGUUUAGGGGUAUGAAAUUAUACCCUUUUGUAUGUACAUUGUGCUGUCCAUUUAAUCCAUUUAAUAAAAGAGAACUGAACAAAUAUUUUUAAACCCAAAAUAAAACUUUUGUUAACCCUUCCACCCUUGAAUUUGAUGCUGCUACAUGCAGAACGGAUUACAUUUGUAGCUCUUGAGGUCUAAGGAUUAAAUCCUCACUCUAAGGAGGUGGCACAACAUUUGCUGGGUGUGAGAGAAUUAAAAUAGUUGGAAAUUGGCGUGUUUUUAAGAAAAACAAAACAAACACACAACUAGGAAGAUGCACAUUUCAAACUUAUUUAUUUAAAAUUCUGCAGUUCAGUGAUGGAAAGUCCACAAACAGAUUUCUCCGUAAGUCCAGGUUCUGAGCAAAAAGAGAGUGAGGUCCAAGAAGAUGGCAGUCCACCAGUAAAAAAAGUAAUGACAGAGAAGCAUGUAAAUAGCAAAGUACAAGCUGUAGUAAAUAAGUUGCCAACAAUAAAGAAGGAAAACGUGGAUGAAUAUGAAGAAACUCCCAUGGAGUCUGAUGGAGAAAAUGCCAAACCAAACAGUACUACAUUAUCUGAGUCUUUAAAUUUAAAUCCUGGUUUGCAACACACAUUGGCACAGUUCCAUUUAAGCAGCCAGAGUUCACUGGGUGGACCAGCAGCUUUUUCAGCUCGUUAUUCCCAGGAAAGCAUGUCACCCACUGUCUUCGUGCCUCUUCCAUCACCACAGAUACUUCCUAGUCCACUGCUCAUUCCUUCAGACAGUUCCACUGAGCUCACUCAGAGUAUACUAGAGGGAGAAUCUAUUUCUUGUUUUAAAGUUGGAGGAGAAAAGAGACUCUGUUUGCCUCAAGUGUUGAAUUCAGUGCUCCGAGACUUUUCACUACAGCAAAUUAAUACAGUGUGCGAUGAACUGUAUAUAUACUGCUCGAGGUGCACUUCUGACCAGCUUCAUAUCCUAAAGGUUUUGGGAAUCCUUCCGUUUAAUGCCCCAUCCUGUGGGUUGAUCACACUGACUGAUGCUCAAAGACUAUGCAAUGCUUUACUACGUCCUCGCACUUUUCCUCAAAAUGGCACUCUGCUUCCUGCAAAAAACACAUUGGUCCAAUUGAAAGAGACUGGCAGUGCCUUUGAAGUAGAGCAUGAAUGCUUGGGCAAGUGCCAGGGUUUGUUUGCACCUCAAUUUUAUCUUCAGCCGGAUGCUCCGUGUAUCCAGUGUUUGGAGUGCUAUGGAAUGUUUUCACCCCAGACAUUUGUGAUGCAUUCGCAUAGAUCUCCUGACAAGAGGACCUGCCACUGGGGCUUUGAAUCAGCCAAAUGGCAUUGUUAUCUUCAUGUUAACCAAAAAUAUUUAGGCACUUCAGAGGAGAGAAAACUGAAGCAUCUUUUGGAGGAAAUGAAGGAGAAGUUUAGCAUGAAAAAUCAGAAAAGAAUUCAAUCCAAAGCAGAUCCUCAGGAAAGCCUAGAAUUGCAGCAAUGGUAUCCAGUUAUAAAGCAUGAAGCAGACCCUGUUACUCAAUCACAUUCAUUCGUCCAUCCCAGCUAUUACCUUUACAUGUGUGAUAAAGUGGUUGCUCCAAAUGUAUCCCUUACGUUGCAAUGUAAAGAAGCUACAAAAACAGCAGUCAAGAUUUCAGAAGUAAUUAAAUCUUUACCUGGACAGUCACAGAAACAAGUCAAUAGUGUUAAACACAAAAAAGCUGCCUCCUAUCCAGAGCUCUCUCUUGAAGAGCAGGAAAAAAUCGACUUAAAAACUAGCACAGAACUGCAUAAAAGUGUGGAUCCACCUAUGUCAACUAAUUCUACAAGAAGAGGGAAAUCUGAACAUGCCACUUCCAAAGCCACUGCAGAAUCUAACCAGGUUGAAGUAGGCAAUGGUGCACAAACCUCAUCCCCAACUCCUAUCAAGGACAUUAAUUGUGAAGAUGACAAGGGAAGAAUCAUGGAGGAAGUAAUGAAAACCUACCUUAAACAGCAAGAAAAACUGAAUACUAUUUUGCAAAAGAAGCAGCAGCUUCAAAUGGAAGUGGAAAUGUUAAGUAACUCUAAAGUUAUGAAGGAACUAACUGAGGAGCAGCAGAAUUUACAGAAAGAACUUGAAUCUUUGCAAACUGAGCAUGCUCAAAGAAUGGAAGAAUUUUAUGUUGAGCAGAGAGACUUGGAGAAAAAACUGGAACAGGUGAUGAGGCAAAAGUGUACCUGUGACUCCAAUUUAGAAAAGGACAAAGAAGCUGAAUAUGCAGCACAGUUGGCAGAACUAAGACAGAGACUGGAUCAUGCAGAGACAGAUAGACAAGAGCUCCAAGAUGAACUGAGACAAGAACGAGAAGCAAGAGAAAAGUUAGAGAUGAUGAUUAAGGAACUGAAGCUUCAGAUUUUGAAAUCUUCAAAGAAUGGAAAAGGAAAAUAGAAGUUGGUAGAGGGAAUCUCAGUUGUAUCCUUCAAACUGGGUUGUUUGUAGUUGAAUUGUGCGCAGUUUACCUGUAUGAUAAGACAAGCUAUUUCUAGUUCCCAAAACAAAAACCAUGGUGAUGAUAUAUAUCUUGAUAUACAUUUUUAGAUUUUCUUAACUAAUGAAAAUCUGCAUUUAUUUGUACUGGUGUUUUUUCUCAGACAGCUAUUAACAAUAUGAAAUCUUUUGUUUUAGAACAAUUUCUGCCUAUAUUUCUAAUGCAGGCUUGAGGACUCUGCACCUUUUUAAAGCAGCAUUGUAUGUUUAAAAUAUAGUGGUCAUUUUUAUUUUGCUACCUAUUGCAUAUCCAGUUAUAGAAAUAUAUAUUUUUUAAUUUUGAAUUUUUCAAAACCUAAAAUAGAAAAACAGAAUUUAGGUUACAGUGAGAAAUUCAGUGACAAUAAGGGCAGCUUUUCAUUUGUAAAUUAAUGCUGCAUGUUGGCAUGCUGAUAAAAGGAGAUUGACCAUCAGAAAUUUAAUAGCCAGAGUUUUUUUCCAUAAUUUCACUUGUAUGAAUUUUCAACUGUUAUUUGUAAUAGUUGCUAUUAAAUGUCCAUUAUCAAAAUGAAAGAAUUUCAAAAUCUAAGUUGCCGUAUUCUGUUGGCACUUUGGAGGAGGAUAACAUUAUUAUGCAUUUCAGUGUGAAAAGGAACAACUGAAAUGGAAUCCUGUGUAUUUUAAAGUUUAAAAAUCUCCCAUCUUCCCCCCUUUCUUUCCUCCCCCCCAGCCUUUUCAGGUAACAGCGAAGAAAGUCUUUAAAAAAAAAUUGGGGGCUAUAUUGUAGAAACCUUGAACAUUUGGAUUAUUAACAUUGUUUUGAAAAUAUUAAUGCUCUGGAGAAUAACAAUUGUUAUCAUUCAUAUGUGUUAGUUAUUUUGAUAUCCAAAAGUCUCUCUUCUCUGCAGAUUUCUUUUAGUACGUAGAAACAGGCCUUAUUGACAUUUAGGUAAUUAGUAAAAAGUUAAAAAAAUAAAAUAAAGUGAGCUAUGACACUUCGAAAGUCAUUUUGAUACUUUGUAUGGUUAAAUAACAUGGCAGAUAUUACCAUAAUCUGCAAAAGUACUGCAUGUUCAACCCAUAAUAUUUAAAAAUGGAUAGAAGUACAGAAUCCCUAUAUUGGUGUACCUGACAUUAAUGUUGAAAAAUUCUUGUCACAAAGGGUUAGAUUUAGAAUGCCUUAUUAUUAGAAUCCUGACAUAUUAAAUGCAUUAUUACAAAAUUGGGUGAAAAAAUACAGUCUUUUGCUUCUUUCCAAAAAGUCUGAAGGAUCUCUAAUGACAGACUUUAGUUGUUGAUUAGAAAUACUUUUUGUAGUUCCAUGUUCUAUAAUCUGAAUCCACUGUUAACUGAAAUUGUUUUGCUGUGGUGUUUGUGUCUUUGUUGUUCUCUCCAGGGUUAAACUAGUGUUAGAUAAAACCAUGAAUAAAAAUGUCUGCUUCCAUUUUUGUUCUGAAUGAGCUAAAAUUAAAAACUUUGCAUGCAUUUUAAUUUUUUCACAAUCUAUUUCAAAGAAAUAGCAAAUAUUGUACAAAGAAAGAUUAAGUUGGCAUAUGUGCCAUAUACUGCUUGUUCAAGUUUGGAGAGGUAAAAUUAAGAAUAUGUGUUGGGCACCCUUUUAGAAUUUUAAUAAAUUCUUAAUGUCCCAUCUACACUGAGGAUUAAAACAGGUUAAAUGAAGCAGUUUGAAACAUUGUGUACCUUGCCAUUAUGGAUUACAGAGCACAAAAUUUUAUCUUUGGAUCAUUCUUUUAAAAAUAGGUAUACCUAUCUACACUGGGCAAGUCAAACUAUUUAAAGGGGGCUACGGGUGGGGACAAAAGUUCCUGUUUGCUCCUUAUAUGCUUUUGUAUUCAACGUCAUGUCCAUUUGCUUUAAAGACAAAAAAAAAAAAGUCUUACUACUGUAUACAAAGUCAAUACAGCUA